CCGGAAGCCCGACAUCGUUCCCUCCUCUGUCGUGCUGUCCUGACAGCAUACAGACGUUUCCAAACAGACGGCAGCAGCACAGAAGCAGAACACUUCCUCUUCCAUUGUUCUCUUCGCCAUCGUCUUCAUCCUUCGCAGCUGAAGCUGAUCAAACAUCAAAGACGGAGGAGAAGAAGAAGAGGAAGAGGAAGGCGGGGGAGGAGAUGCGGACCUCUAACUUCCUGUUCAAAACCCUAACGCCGUCCCGCCUCCACAACUUCCUCCUCUGCCUCUCCCUCCUCUUCAUCGCCUACCUCCUCCUCUCCAGCAACCCCCAGCCCUCCUCCUCCCAUCAAGCGCCCAUCGUCCACCACCCACGCGCCUCCCUCUCCUCUUCCUCCUCCUCCUCCUCCCCCACCUCUCGCCGCCACCUCCUCUUCGCCAUCGGAUCCUCCUCCGGCUCCUUCGCCGCUCGCCUCCCCUACCUCCGCCUCUGGCACUCCCCUAACUCCACCCGCGCCUUCGCCUUCCUGGACGGGCUCCCCUCCUCCUCCGACGAUGACUCCGACGGGCUCCUCCCUCCCACGGUCAUCUCCCAGGACACCUCCGCCUUCCCCUACUCCUUCAAGAGCGGGUUCAGGUCCGCGAUCCGCCUGGCUCGCGUGGCCAAGGAGAUCGUGGACUUCGCCGAGGCCGACGUGAGGUGGUUUGUGUUCGGGGACGACGAUACCGUGUUCUUCGUCGACAAUCUGGUGAAGGUCCUCUCCAAGUACGAUCACACUCGGUGGUAUUACAUCGGCAGCAAUUCCGAGAGCUACUUCCAGAACUCCAAAAACUCUUUCGAGAUGGCCUUCGGAGGCGGUGGCUUCGCCAUUAGCAGCUCGCUAGCAGCCGCCCUCGCCAAGGUGUUGGACUCGUGCCUGUUUCGGUAUUCCCAUCUCUACGGGAGCGAUUCCAGGAUCUUCUCAUGCGUGGCGGAGCUGGGAGUCGGGAUGACGCAUGAACCCGGGUUUCAUCAGGUAGACAUGCGUGGAAAUUUGUUCGGACUGCUAACAGCACACCCCCUGUCCCCUAUGGUGUCCCUUCAUCACUUGGACAAAGUUGAUCCAAUAUUCCCCAACAUGAAUCGUUCAGAGUCCAUGGAGCAUCUCUUUAAAGCUGUGAAAGUCGAUCCUCUGAGGAUUCUGCAGCAAUGUGUCUGUUACGAUCGGUCAAACUCAUUGACUGUUUCGGUCUCGUGGGGUUAUGCAGUCCAAGUAUUUGAGGGCAACGAGCUUCUUCCUGAUCUCCUCUCCCUGCAAAGGACCUUCACGCCAUGGAGGAGGGGCAUGAACACCGAUUUGAGUCGUUAUAUGUAUACUUUGAGGGAUUAUCCUCGAGAUGUGUGCAAAAGACCAGUUACCUUCUUCCUGGAGAGUAUUUUAUCAGAUAAUCUUGGGGUACGGACCACCUAUUCAAGACAGAAUCCUGAUAAUUGUGCUCGAGGGAAAUCGGUCAAGAAUCUGAAGAAGAUCACUGUAUUUUCACGAAAGCUUGAACUUGAUACUGAACAGAUGAAGGCUCCCCGCCGUCAGUGCUGUGAUAUUUUGCCGAUCAUCAAUGGAUCGAUGGUUAUUCACAUCAGAGAAUGUGGACCCACUGAAUUGAUUGCAAUGCAUCCCUAAUAGUUAUUCGGCAUUGUGGAAUAUACAUAUAUGGAAAGCUGCUGAUUAGAAGUUGAAACGGCUUUCAUCACUCACUUUAAGCUCUGAAACUGAAAUGUAACCUGUCAAUGAAGAAGCUAAUUGCUGUAACCGUCACACAAAGGUGAUCGGAGAUUCAUAGUUAAGGGAGAGCUCUCUCGCUCUCCCCCUCUCCUCCCUGAACCUGUGAGUUCAGUAUGAGAGGUAAUGCUAGUUUUGAUGUAUACGUGUACCAGGCCGGAAAAUUUCGCGCACUGUAAAUUUAUUCUAUCAUUGAGAGACUCAUGAAUAGGGAGAGUUGAAGAUGCAAGUUCCCAAGUAUUCAUAUAAUUUUUGCUUAGGCAGCGAUUUGUACACUCACACUGUAAGAUGACUAGCUUUGUAAAUCUUCAGCUGACAACUUGCAUUUUGGUGAAUAGUCCAAUAAAAUUUAUGGGAAUUUAUGCCCGGUUUGAUUAUA